AUGAACUCAAAUGACUGGACAGAAAAUCCAUCAAGGCCAGGAUCAGAGGAUAUCCUGCAGCCUUCUCAGAAGGACACCUUCAAUCUGCUGACACAGAUGCAGUCGGAUAUGGAUGUUCCCUUUAAGAGCACAAUAAAAGAUCGGUCUUUGAAAUCAGGGAAUAUUGGCAUCCCGCCCCACCUCAUCCAUGUGUGUCGCUGGCCAGCCUAUACCACCUACACGUCACCCAUGGUUAAGAAUUUUAUUGAACAAGACAAAUCAAGAACUGCCACAUUCCUGGAAGCAUCUCAUUCGAGCAGUCUAGCACAGCACCGCACGGAGACCAGCCAAGACUUCCAAAGGAAAACUAGCCCUGAUUCUCAGGAGUCAGAGGCAGCUCAACAAAGUCCAGCAGAAUCCCAACUUAGUGCCACUGUUAGCUUCUGUUGGGCUCGAAAGGUUUCCCUAGGCCAUUGUGGUGGCCUGGGGGGGCCAGCCAGCUUUUUGCCUACAGGUAAUUUGGUCAUUUUUGCCAAGAAAAGAAACCCUUUACGUGUGCUGCCAAUGAAACUGCCGGAUAUUCCCCAGAGGGGAAAGAACGAAGGGUCAUGCUGCACUAAAAUUUCUUAG